AGGAAAAGUGUUGCCCCGUCGUCAAUUAGACUUGUCCAGUUGACGUUCUAAGUAGACAAUGGCUUUGUAUGUGUUUUCGUAUUUAAACGAAGAAUAUGGUCAUAGAUAUCUGAAUCGGUGGCGAAUUUAUAGAAAAUAUGUCGAUGCUUUUGCUCAGCCAGAAGAUGUUUUCAUUGCGUAUUUCAGAUUGCCAAAAUUUAUAGUUAUUUUAAUCUGCGAUGAACUGAGAGAGUAUUUGAAGCCACAUUCAGAAAACAAGAACGCAAUUUCUUCUGAAAGAAAGUAUUGUAAAGAGAUAUGUGAUAGAUUUGGUGUAAAAGGAUGGACGAAACUUUCUCCAUGGGGAACAGCGCAAGGAAUUAUCCAAGGGGAGAGAGGGAAUGUUGAUGAAGUGGCUAUGUGGUUGCAACAUCAAGGCAGUCCUGGAUCUCGUAUUGAGCAUUGUGAACUCAGGAACUGGCAAAUAUUGGAUAAAUACGACUACAGACAUUUCAAUGUUCGCUUUUAAUAUCUUCUCCCAUGUAUUAAAUUUAUUUUAUUGUAAAUAAAUAUAUGCUAAUGGUGUCUCAGA